AGUAGUACGGGAUUAUACAACCUCGAGUGCCGAUGCUAGAUCACGUGGCGAUGCGUCGCGACGCGUGCGCGCCCCCAACCACCUGUCGGGGAUGACAUGGAUGUGUUUAAGAUUGAACAGUCGAUCGGGGGCGGCGUCCCCGCCCCCGACAAGAUCACCCCGGAAGUGUCCUUCGACGCCGGAUCGGAGUUCAACCUCAGCUUCUUCGACACGGAUAGUAACACGCAGGGUUUCAGCGAUCCGGGAUCGGUGGCCAGUUCGACGUCGGCCAGUUCGCCGCCACCGCCACAGAUCAAGAUCGCACCCUUGCCCUCAACCAGCAACCCCUCGCAAGGGAUCGUUGUCAAACAAGAACAACAUUAUGUGGCGGCGGACUCCAACAGUUCAUCAACCACCAAAUCGUUCGUUCCUUGUAAAGUGUGCGGUGACAAGGCUUCCGGGUACCAUUAUGGUGUGACGUCGUGCGAAGGCUGUAAGGGAUUCUUCAGGAGGAGCAUCCAGAAACAAAUCGAGUACCGGUGUUUGCGUGACGGCAAAUGUCUCGUUAUACGACUCAAUCGGAAUCGAUGUCAGUACUGUAGGUUCAAAAAAUGCCUCUCCGUUGGAAUGUCCAGGGAUUCUGUGCGGUACGGCCGCGUUCCGAAACGUUCCCGCGAACGCAGCACCGAGGAGUCCUCCCGUGUGACCACCACCGACGCCGACCAAUCCGACUCCGAAACGAAGCAAUUGGCCGUUUACGACGUCAUCCUCACCGUGUCGCAAGCCCACCACGCCAAUUGCGGCUACACCGAGGAGCACACCCGCAACCUGGUGCGCAAACCGGUGGUGGUGCCGCCGUCCAGUCCCGCCGACAGCGAGGUGGCCUCCUCGACGGCCGAAGCCCUCGAACAGGAAAGGUGUUGGCUGUGGCAGCAGUUUGCCGCCAACAUUACGCCGAGCGUCCAAAGGGUGGUGGAGUUCGCGAAGCGGGUGCCAGGCUUCUGCGACCUGGGGCAGGACGACCAGUUGAUACUCAUUAAAAUAGGUUUCUUCGAGAUUUGGUUGAGUCACGUGGCGAGACUUACUAGCAAUACGGUGAUGAUGUUCGACGAUGGGACGACGGUGACACGCCAACAGCUGGAGAUUAUGUAUGAUGCUGAUUUUAUUUCAUCGGUGAUGCAUUUCGCGAAUACGUUCAAUUCGUUGGCUUUGAACGAUACGGAAGUGGGACUGUUUUCGGCUGUUGUGCUGUUGACGGCUGAUAGGAGUGGGAUCACCGAUGUCAAGUCGAUUGAACAUCACCAGGAUAAGCUUAUCGAGGCUCUGAAGGUUCAGGUGGGUCGCAACCACGCCAACGAACCACAACUGUUCUCAAGUCUGCUAAUAAAACUGCCCGAACUGCGUAACUUGGGCGCUAAACAUUCAGCCCAUUUGGACUGGUUUCGAAUGAACUGGACUAAGCUGACACUCCCACCCCUUUUCGCCGAGAUAUUUGACAUUCCAAAAUCGGAAGACGAUUUGCAGUGACUUAAGACUUUUGAUACUAGGAGGUAGAGUGUAUUGACGAGAGAGAGAGAGAAAGAUUUUUUGGCUUAUUGCAGUUUUGUUGUGAUGCCAUUAAUCUUGCGCUAUAAAUGUAAUAAAAUAAAUGUGGCCGCGUCCGCAUGCCUCUUCUUGCUCAAAUAAACGAACGAACGAAGCGAACGAGUGAAGAAAAAAAAACGAGAUCAAUGACAGGGUCUUCAGCUUUUUAUUAUAUAGUACUUGAAAAAUUUAUUGUGUGGUUUCGUUUCCGAAUACGUGGACGUAUCGUAUAUAUACAUAUCAUUGUCAAGGUUUCUUGUGUUUUGCAUACAGGGUGAUUCUUUCAAGGCCCACAUUAAAGACUUUUUAACUUCUACCAAUAUAAAUCGACCAUUUUGCGUUCAACUACAUUAUUUCCAAAAUGGCUGAACUUCCAAGUUGUUGGCACUUAGUAGUUUUUGACAUAUGACAAUUUUUUUGUUAAAAUUUUCAUUUUCAAAAAAAUUUUGAGCCAAAACGCUUAAAGUUCUCGGGUGUCUGGGUACGCAACUCGCAUACGUUCGUUGCAUAAAGACAGCUCUCGAACUUUAAGCUUAUGUUUUCACACUAUUAUUAUUAAUAACUCUAUUCGGAAGUAAAAUUACCGUUGGGGGCGCCACUGAGCUAGGUCGAAAACAGUAACCAUAAAUGGCGGGAAAAUGUUUAUUCAGAUAUUUUGAGCGUUGUACGAAUUUUGGGGCUUCACAAUUAUUACAUUGCCUAUGCGAAAUGAUUAUUGCAUCUUUGAUGCAAGAAACUUAUGUUGAUAAAUGAGAGAUGACGAAUAACGAAUGACUGUUUGGUUCACUUUCUUUAUUGGAAAAUUAUUACAGAGACAUUGAAAAACCUACCUUUUGGCAUAAUUUACGUUUAAAUGUAUCAGCAGUUGUUAAUCUUCAUUGUAGUUUUGUAGAUUUACCGCAGCAUUUCAUGAUUUUUUCAGUGGACAAUUCUAACCUAAAAUUCAUAACACUUCACUAAUUUAUUGGUUUCUUGAGCCAAACUUUGUGUUCGCUGUGAUCCAUUACUUAUAAUCUUUAAUUAGACAACUGUUUGAUAACACUUUGUAAUCAAAAUUUAAAUAUUUUUCACUUUUUAUCCACUUUCAAGUUCCAACAAUAAACACUUUAUACCACGAAAAACUACAGAACCAAAGUCAACGCUAGUACGUACUUUUAAAGUAAUUCUUUCUAUUGUAAGUAAUUAACACUAUACACGCAAAAUUGUUGCACAAUUCAUUAAAUGUCAGUUAAAUGUGGCAUUACGAAAAUUUCUUUACUGUUUUCGACAUAGUUCAAAAGUCAUCACCAGAGGGCGUCUAGUUAAUUUUAUUUCCGAAUACUGAACUGAAAUUUGACAGCUAUGUUAAAAUGUUUUGAAUGUAUGCCGUGAGAGAAUAACCCUGUAUACUGUGUACAUAUUGUUGCAAACUUUUGGUUAAUUUUGGUGUGGAGCGGUUUAAAAUAACUUAAUGUUAGUCAUGUAUCUUUAAUAACUAAUGUCGAUAAUAGUAGGCAUCUACUAUGCUUUUAAUAUCAAGUGAAGUAACAAUCAUAUCGCGGUAUAUCACUAACCCUAGUUGUACCUAAAAGUGAUUAAUUAGGGUGUUGUUAUCUCUUAGAGUACAAACGAUUCAAUUUGCGUUUUUUGGGUGUCGUUUCGAAAUUUCUUCCUCACCGUGGUUAGUGACCCAGCAAUUAUUAUUUUAAAUGUAUAUAAUGUGAGGCUAUAAUUUACUUGUUCUAAUGACAUGACAAAAGACAAUUAAAUGUACCUAAUUUUAGUACUUAAUCUGUACAUAGUACUACAUUUUAUAUUGUUAGAGAGUAUUCUAUUAUUUAUCGGUGUUUUAUCAAUUUUCCACUGCCUUAUCCAUUUUAUCAUGCCAUUUCAAUUAAUUUAUUUGCAAAUUAUAUUUAAGAUUUUUCAAUGUGCAUAAUUCAUACACACGUACACCACACAGCGCGCGCGCAUAUCGAUGUGUUUUAGUAUAUUUAUGAUUAAAUAUGUGCUCAUAUUUGAAAACCUUUACCUAUGAAUGUUGAAAUCGUUGUUAUUACUCUUGUUUAUUCUAUUGAAGUUUAUAUGUAAUAAGGUAUUGUUUAUGCACUAAAUCUUUAUUUUAAUCUAAAUGGUAGAAGUUUCAUGUUAUUAUUAUUAUGCUAUUUUGAUAUGUCAAUAUUUAGCAUUUUGUUAUGAGAGAUUGUUUAAUUUGAUUAAAUUGUAUAUUAUUACGGAUUAA